GCCCCGGCGCGAACUGCUCCGCCCCUUCACCGCCCCGCCGCGAGUAGCCCCGACCCCCCCGCAGACGGGGCGGGGGGGUCGCUUCCUGGAGAUGGCGGGAGCGCUGAGGAUGGCGGCGGCGGCCGCGGCAGGACUCUUUUCUAGGCUGCACACACCACCCCCAACAGUGAGAGCUUUCUCCAUGUCACAGUCCCGGCAUCAGAUGGCAGGCCCUGUAUGGAACCUGGGUCGGCUCAAUCACGUAGCCAUAGCAGUGCCGGAUUUGGAGAAGGCCACAGCAUUUUAUAAGAAUAUUCUGGGGGCCCAGGUAAGUGAAGUGGUCCCUCUUCCGGAACAUGGAGUAUCUGUUGUUUUUGUCAACCUGGGAAAUACCAAGAUGGAACUGCUUCAUCCACUGGGAAGUAACAGUCCAAUUGAAGGUUUUCUGAAGAAAAAUGAGGCUGGAGGAAUGCAUCACAUCUGCAUUGAGGUGGAUGAUAUCAGUGAAGCUGUGAUAGAUUUGAAAAGCAAGAAAAUCCGUAGUCUAGGCGAAGAAGCUAAAAUAGGAGCACAUGGAAAGCCUGUGAUUUUUCUUCAUCCUAAAGACUGUGGUGGAGUCCUCGUAGAAUUGGAGCAAGCUUGAUUGACAUUUGCAAGAAACUAAAUUAAUUGACCGGAGAAACCCUAAUCAAACACCAUUACAAUGUAUUGUAGUACAGCUUCCAUAAUUUAAAAAUUCAAAGUUAAUAAUAAUUAAAUUACAGAAAUUUAAAAAUAUCUCAAAAUAUUUGCUCUUUGAGAACAGCUCAUGGCCACAGGCUCCUUAGAAGUGAGACGUUUAGGGUGCUAGAGUUAGAUGAAUAGGAAGUUUUGUGGAAAAUUUGGUGCAGGAUCUUGGGGUGGAUAAAUACCUGAGUUAUUUUUUUUAAUUGAUGUAAUUUGUAGAGUUAUUAUCACUUAGGUGUGAGAGCACCUCAGUAAGUCCUGGAGGAAAACACAAAACCAAAAGUAUCUCACUGCCAAUAGGCCUCUGGAACAGUUGGGGGAAAAAACAAAUGAAAUAAAUGUAAAUACUUGGAGAACACCUUAUGAGAGAAUUAAAAAGAAAGAAAUACGACACUUAGAGGAUGAGCUUAGAGACUUAACAGAUUUUUUUCCUUAGACUCUCACAUAUAUUAGGAACAAAUAGAUGAAUUGCAAAGGUUACAAAUAGAGGCAUGGAAACCAUAAGGUAUGGGAGAGUGGUUAGCUUGAGCUUGUGGAUGAUUGUUGAAUAAAUGAGUAAGUGUGUAGACACUGGGCUUGUUAUUUUGAAAGACAAGUAUAAUACCCAGUUAUACUUGUCAUUUAAAGGCAAGAAUUAUAGCAUUGUCUGAUAAUGUAAUCAGGAUAAUAUUUAAGACAACUAUCUUAAAAGGGAGGACAGUAUAAGAGACUUAAAUGAUGGUUGGAUAUGCACAUUCCACUUGAAGUGGUAAAUGUUGAUCCUAAUAAACUUCAGUAAAUUGCA